AUGCCAAGACUUUUUGCUGAGUCUCUCGCUACUUUGCUCACCUUCGAACAAGCCAACGGCUCUUCAAUUUCGGAUGGGCCAAUCAGUGCGUUUGCUGCGAAGAGAGCAACACAUACGCCAAAGGAAACCUCCCACGUUCUGUCAGAGCAGAUUGCUCCUCCUGCCCAACAUGAGGUUGAAGAUCCCCGAGACUCUCCUGAGCCUCCGAGAAAGAAGCGCAGAAAACAGAAUCGAAGUGAGGUUCGAGAUAGUAUCUCUGCAGAGCAAGUGCAAGAUAGCCCAAUCGUGACAGCGACUCCCCCAACAGAACAUGGUCUUGUCAUCUAUCCUACAACCAACGUGAGCCUCGAACAAGGAUUUGAUGCAGAAGAAGAAGAAUCGCUCAGUCUGACUAGCGAUGAAACCUCGCCUGCCAUACAGGACAGGUCAAUUUCAAGCUUUGUGCCGUCUGACGCGAACAUCCUGGAGAACACUUCAACGCAAUGGACCGUACAUUUAAGCCCAAAAGAUACCUUAGGCAUUCUCGGACAAUAUGAUCUAUGGGUUCGUAAAGGGGCUGUGGGUAUCGCUGGAGCGGUGCUACGCGAGUCUCCAGAGCUUCGGCGCGUCUUUGCUCCUUCCACACACGCAAUCCCAAUCAUUCGACCUAUACCUGAUCCUUUUGGAUCCAGAAGCCAGGGAGCUGAGGUCACCAUACGGUCAUGCGGCGUCUUUGGAAUGGAAGAGACGAAGACCCACAUGCAGAUCGACGAUCUUUCAUCAAUGGAUGACUACUACAAACGACCCCUGCGGUCGCUACAGUUGCCUCAGCCCAGCCUGUCCAUAGUACGGCAUAUGAUUGACGCCAAAGUGCAAGCCAAGCCGUUGGAAAUACUCGUUUGUGGGCCGAAGGCGUCUGGUAAAUCAACGAUGAGUCGCUGGCUUUUGAACGCACUUCUUUCGGCAUCUCAAACUCAUCGCUUGGACAAUAGUAGAAACUCUAUGCUCUACUUCCUUGAUCUAGAUCCUGGGCAGCCUGAAUUCAGCCCUCCUGGCGAGAUAUCUUUGCUCAAAGUGCAUUCUCACAACUUAGGUGUUCCCUUCACUCAUCCAACGCCACCUCCAAGGAUGGCUCAAAGUCUUCGCUCUCACUAUGUGGGAUCUAUGACGCCCAGAGAUGAUCCACGGCAUUUUCAAAGAUGCACCUCCAAUCUUCUGCAGACAUACCGAGGCUUGUCCGAGUCAGAGCCUGGAGCUACGCUACUUAUCAAUAGUGCUGGUUGGAUCCAAGGCAGGGGCUACGAUUUACUCAUGGAGCUAUUGUCUGAUUUACGUGCGACUGAUAUCAUUUACACAAGUACCACAGGCCCAGAUGAUGUGAUAGAAGGCCUCGUGAAAGCCUGCGACGCCAACGGAACACAGCUUCAUCAAGUUGCUUCACAACCAUUUCCGGAUGAAGCAAAUACUGCCUCCGAUCUGCGUGCGAUGCAGAGUCUUUCUUAUUUCCACCUCGCUGAAUCUGAAGCUGGGAAUUUGCGGUGGAAUUCGCAAUUGCUGAUGGAGAUGCCUCCCAUGCUUGCGCCUUAUUCUGGCCCCAAGCAAUGCAUUUUCGCUGCCAUGAUACUCGGCGAAUAUUUCAACCCAGACUUUCUUGUAUCAAUCUUGGACGGCUCCACCGUAGGUUUAGUCCUGAUUGAGAAUGACUUGGCCAUCGAUAGUUUACGGUCGCAUCCCACCUACGGUGAAAGUGGCAGUCUGAAUGACGGUAUAAACAGUGAAGAAAGUCUUGCUCGGAAAGGGGGCAUUCAAUCCCAAAUGCACUCUGCGAUCCGCCGGUCACCAGAUGAGAUCCCAUAUUUACAGCCCGAGCAAAACACCGCACCACUUCUCCCGGAAUGUAGCCGCUCCCUCGGACAAGCACUCAUCCGCUCUAUUGAUUUACGAAACAAAGUCUUCCAUCUCUAUACACCCGUCUCGGCUUCGGAAUUACAAAGAUUGCACUUUGAAAACCGCAAAAUUAUUUUGGCAAGGGGCAGACUCGACAUUCCGGCAUGGGCAUACAAGGAAGAACUUGAAUAUGAGAAAUCUUUGCAUGGAAAGGGACAUCCCCCUUUGGGUUUCGGAAAAGGACCUAGCAAGGACAAGACAUCUGAGGAGUCAGAAAUCAAUGGAUUGAUGGCAGAAAUGCAGAAUGUGACGAGGAAGCAGCCAUGGGUAAGUGUUGUAGAGAGAGGCAGGAGUAAGGACCCAAAAGCGCGGAGAGUGCGGCGAGAUAUUAGGUACAAGGGCCAGGUAAAGGGUGAUACAUGA